GCUAUAAACCCCUCUCUAAUUCUUCGUCGCCAGCUUCUUCGGUUUUUCUCGUUCUCGGUUCCUUCCUUCUGCUCCAUAGCCCAGCAGAGCUCCUACGCGUCCCUUAAUUCACACUUUCCAAUUGUAUCAGAAUAUAUUGGACCUCAAUUAUACUGAUAUUACAAUUCAGGUCCUCAUUUGGUGAAGAUUACUGAUGGAUAAUGAUCUGAGGGAGGAUUUGAUUAGUGAUCUGCCUCAAAGCAUCAUAGAAACUAUCCUGACAAAGCUUCCAAUAAGGGACGCUGUCAGGACAUGUGCAUUGUCAAGCAAAUGGAGGUAUAAAUGGACUACCAUCACAGAUCUUGUAUUUAAUGAUAAAUGUGUGAGCUCUUGUUAUGACAGACCCAUUUUGGAGAACAAACUUGUGAGUUUCAUCACCCAUUUUCUUUUUCUUCAUGAUGGACCUAUUCACAAGUUUGCAUUAUCUACUUCAUUCUUGCAAAGUUCCCCUGAUAUAGAUCAGUGGCUGCUUUUUCUUUCAAGAAGGGGUAUUAGGAACUUAAGCAUUGAAUUAGGUGAAGGUGAGUGGUUUAGGGCACCCUCUUGUCUUUUUACGUGUUCAAAAUUGACUCAUUUGGAGCUUGUGAGGUGUGAAUUGGACCCUCCACCAAAAUUUAAGGGCUUCUUGUGUCUGAAGUAUCUUAAUCUUCAACAAAUUCUCAUGCCUCCGGAUGAUAUUGAGUAUCUCAUUUCAAGUUGCCCACUGCUUGAGAGUUUGACAUUGUCGUACUUUGAUGGUUUGGAGCUCGCUCUGCAUGCUCCAAAUCUGAAGUACUUGAUCUUGGAGGGUGAGUUCAUGGAUAUUUGCCUUGAGAACACCCCACGCUUGAUAGCCGUGUCUAUUGCUAUGUACAUUACUGAUGAUAUAGCCGAACACUUUGAACAAAGUUCAAGCUGCAAUUUUGAUAAGUUUCUUGGUGGUGUUCCAUGUCUUGAAAGACUUGUUGGGCAAAUAUACUUCACAAAGUAUCUCAGCAUAGGAAUCGACAGUGGAAGCACUCCAAUUAAGUAUCACCAUCUUAAAAUUAUUGAAUUGUAUCAAGUAAACUUUGAAGACCUGAAUGAAGUACUCGCUGUACUUCGUCUGAUUGUGAGCUCCCCAAAUCUAAAAGAGCUUCAUAUUGCGGGUCCCUCAAACACAGCAGCUGCUGUAGUUGGUUCUGAUUUGGGUUUUUGGGAGAAAGAAUGUCCAACUGAUUACAUGUUCGAUCAGCUCAAAACUGUGAAGAUAACUGAGGUGUCUGGGACGCUGCAUGAAAUGGGGUUCAUCAAGUUUUUGUUGGAGCAUGCACCUGUACUCAAAGUGAUGACUAUCACACCCAGUGCUUACGUUACGGAAGGAAGAUUGAGUAUGUUGGUUAACUUGGUGAGGUUUAGACGGGCUUCUGCACAAGCUGAAGUCAUAUUUGUACAAGAACAACCAUAAAUUGCGGUCCCUUGUCAAAGUUUUUUUUUUGCUAAUUUCUUCUCUUUUUGCUCCUUGCUCUGUACAUUAUUCAAACAUUCUUAUACAAUUAUUAGCAAGAAUCAAAAUGACUUCAGCUCUA